AUGUUCGGGUUACCACAUUGUUUGCUGGGUCCUCAGGCCCAGGAGAAGAAGAAGACGGUGAGGAUUGUCAGUACUGGGAGACAGGGAAGGAAUCCUCUGUGGGUCUGUGUAGAAGACAGCAAGGACAAGAGCACUGGGCCAGGUAUAUAUCAGAUACAGUCAAGGCUGGAUAGGAAGUCAUUUUUGUACACAAGAAUAUACAAAACAUAACAGAGCCAGAACCAUAGACGUCAUAUCGCAGGUAGCUUAGUGGUUAAGAGCGUUGUGCCAGUAACCGAAAGGUUGCUGGUUCUAAUCCCCGAGCCGACUAGGUAAAAAAUCUGUCGAUGUGCCCUUUAGCAAGGCACUUAAGCCUAAUUGCUCCUGUAAGUCGCUCUGGAUAAGAGCGUCUGCUAAAUGACUAAAAUGUAAAUAACAGACUAUCCUCCAUGUUGGAGCCAAACAACAUGUCGCCCAUUGAAAUUCUGCAUCAAACCAAGUUUGCUAAACAGUGCAUAAACAUUGCUAAGGCAGGUUUGAUUAACUCCAGCGCUAUGAUAUUACCAUACCUAUUAGGGCCGGGACGAUACAGGUAUCACGGCAAGUAUCUUGUUUUCAUUUUUGCAAAGGAAAAAAUAUUGCGAAACUGGUAUCGUCACAGCUCUAACACCUAUGAUGCGUAGUAAUAAUGUCGCCUUAGUUAUUGACCUGAACCUGGUGUGUCCUAAUAUUGUCCUCUCCUCUAGGGGAUGUCUCUGCGCCCAGAGGCUGUGUGACCCUCAUGCCCUACACCCUGGUCACGCCCCACUACCCACCCGUCUGCCGUCCGGUCCUCCUGCUACCCACAAUCCUCGGCCGUGUCCUGGAUAAGAAGCUGGCCGAGUGGCAGGGCUUUCAGUUGUGUGAGCCAGGUUAGGAAGGAUUCUUUCAAUUUGUAUCUUUUUUUUCUGACGUUCUUUCUCUCUCUCUCUCCUUCUCUCUUUUUUCUUUUUAUUUCAUCCAAUAACUGCAUAUCCCCCUGCCCCCAAGCCCAGAGGGGAAUUCCAAUGAGAUGAUCUAUUAUUAGCACAGUAGCUGAAGGUGACGAUAAUAAAGAUUAAAUAUUUGUUUUCCUCAUACCUGCUGUCUCACCAUCUCCUUUAACUAUCUCUUCCCCUCUCUCCCUCCCUCCCUCCCCUAUCCCCAGAGUUAUUGAGUUCCAGCGAGCACGCUGCCAGGCUGCAGAGGUCAGAGGUGCUGGAGGAGUGUGAACAAGGGGGUCAGCGGUGUUACACCCUGCAGAGUGUUGAGAGGGUCAUGAAGCAGGUGGGAUAGUCAAAAUGCCACAACACUGUAUUUGACAUACUGAUAUUAUAUAUAUAUUUUUUUAAUGGUUUAUGACUUACUUGAACCGUUUUCCACAAACUAUAAUACCUCCCUUUUUUUCAGUGGCCCUGUUAUUUGUGCAGCUGCAGUAUUGACCGUACCGAAACUCCUCUCCUCUUCCUCCUCUCCUCUGCUCUCAGGGUACCCACUGUGUGCUGCCUCUAGGCCUGGACUGUGUACGCCGCCUCCACAGGGCAGAGAUCUUCCCCAUCAUCAUCUUCAUCGCCCAGUCCAAGUGCAGCGCACGCAAACUCAAGUAGGCCAUUGUGUGACUUUUGAUAAGAAAUAUGAAUGGUAGCAAUAUUGUUCCAUUGCCCCUUCUACAUGAUGUAUCUUUGUGUUAAUUUCUCUUCUCUCUCCCUCCAUCUCUCCUUUUACCCUAUUUGUCUUUUUCUACCUCUGGAUUCUCUCUCUCUCUACUCUCUCUCUCUCUCUCUCUCUCUCUCUCUACUCGUCCCUCUUGUUUUUUCCCCCCUCCAUCUCUCCUCCUGCCUCCUCCCCCUCUCUCCCAGGUCUAAGGUGCAGCGUCAGGGCUGGUCCGAGGAGCAGCUGCUUGAGUGUUCUCGCAGCGAGGAGCCCCUGCUGGACAAGCUGCCCUGCCUCUACCGCAGCAUCAGCCCUGGCUCGUGGUGCGACAGCACCGCCCUGCUCACCACCCUGCGCUCCAUCAUCUGGGAGGAGCAGAAGAAGAUUGUGUGGGUGGAGCCUGAUUUGUGGUGA